GCUGCGCAUGCGCAGAGUGAGAGCCCGGGUGAAAGGUGAAAGGUGAGCAAGAUGGCGCUGCCCGUGCUGCAGGUGUUCCUGUGCCUGGACCAGAUGCCGUAGACGCGGCGGCGGAGGAAUCGCGGCCUCGCUAGGCAGCGAUGGGGCCUCAUGGGGGGCUGGUGCAAGUGUGCAAGAUUCGGGGCUCCCGUGGGGCUGCGCUGCUCUCCCCAGAGCUCCAGAGGGGGUCAAGGGGGGCUCUGCUGGGGCUCCCUCGGGGAAUAUGGGGCUUUUCCCGGAGAGCUUCUCCGGGGCUGCUUCUGAGGCCCUCAAGUGACGCCCUGGGCCCCCCUUGGACGCCCAAGGAAGGGCUGUUUCUGGGUCUCCCCGGAAAUGGAUUGGGGUGUCCCUGGGGCCUGGCCUUGUUCUGCACGAGGGGUCUUUUUCAAGGGCCUCUAACAAGGAGGCAGCGCCCCCUCGGGCUCCCCUCUCAAAAUCCCCAGCAGGGCUCGCUGUGUAGCCCCUGCAGGGCCUUUCUUGACCUCCCGCCAAGGCUUCCUUCUGAGGGGCUCUCCAGAGGCCUGGCAAAAGCAGCUGGGAAGAAGAGCAUCAGAGACAUCAAAGAAGCUGACGACAAUGCCCCCAUUUUCCAGUACGUGGGGAAACAAGCCAAAAGGAAAGACCGGGUGUUUGUGUGGGGUUUCUGCUUCUCGGGGGCGUUGGGAAUCCCCACCUUUGUCGUGCCUGACCCUGGGUUCAGGAGACGGAGGAUCCAGCCCACUCCAUAUCGCCUGGAGGUGGAUGACAAGGUGAGUGGGGGGAAAAUGAAGAAGUUGGCCUCCUUUUUGAUUUGGGAUGCUCAAGAGGCAUUGAUGGGCUUGUAAAGCAUCUUUUCCCAUUAUGCCAACUACUGCUGUGCAUUGGGCAGAGCCAAGAUUGCUUAGAGUGGUGGCUACAAUGGUAAACCAGCAGUGAGUGUUGGAAGAUUCAGGACGGCCAAAAGGAAGUCCUCUUUCUUUCUCUGAAUAGCAGUUGCUGGGAAUUCCAGGUGGGGAGAGUGCUCUUGUGCUCAGGUCCUGCUUUUGGGCUUCCCAUCUGGUUGGCCACUGUAAGAACAGGAUGUUGACUAGCUGGGCCACCGGCCUGAUCCAGCAGGCCAGUUUGUAUGUUCUUAUGAUCAGUUUGGUCUUUGCCAGGAGCAGGAGAUCACUUUAGCUUGUGCCCUUUCUUCAUUUCUGCAGAUCUAGAGAUAUUGCUGAGUCCUUUGUUUCUUUAUCAAUAUCAACAUCUACUUGUAUCUCAUUUUGAAAGAUUUCCUCUGCUGCCUGUGGCUAUGGAUUCACCCUCCUAUCCUCCAGAACGACCGAUGUCACCAAAGUCUGGGGCACGGGCCUCAACAAGGAUUCCCAGAUUGGGUUUCAUCAGAGCAGGAGAGAUCGCUGUAAGUCUGUGAAGACUUGGCUGGUUUGAAGCUUUGUAUGGUCUUGUACCUUUGGUCCUGUCAUUUUUAUUUUAGGAUAAAAUAUCCAACUUAUCUGUUGGGCUUCCUGCAUCCUGCCCUUCCAGUCCUGAUGGGCAUCAUGCAACCGUUAUCCUCCCAAACCUUAUCCCAUAAUUUUUAAGAUUCCACAAGACCUGUUCUUGGUUUUGCCGCAACAGAUUGCAUGGCUACCUCUGGAACUAGCAGUCAUGUUUGUAUGCAAUAACGCCUGUCCUUUCUUUCAUUGUAUAUUUUAUAAAAGCUAAAGGCUACGACUAUGUCUUGGAGCCGAGUCCUGUUGCACUGCCCCUGGACAAGCCGCAGCAGACCCGAGUUGUACAGGUUUCCUGUGGGAGAGCACACUCCUUAGUGCUGACAGACUCUGAAGGAGGUAUGGUGGAACUCCAAUGAAGUUCUAAGGAGGGGUGCUGUUUGUAGUUAUGUAUCUCUCCCAGGUUUUUGAUGUGGGGGUGCUUCAAAAACUUGCCCUACAUACUCCCACUGCAAAACUAUCCUCAAUUCUAGAAAUGAUUCUAGAAAUGACCACAGUUUAACCACAGUUAGUGGUUCAGGUGACCAGCCUAAAAAGAAUUGGAAGCUUCUGAUCUCUGUCUUGUGGCCACACUUGACAAAGGGAGGUAGGAGCAUGUGAGCCCAGUAUGGAGGCUAGACUCAUUUUGUACUCCUAAGCCAUUGCUUAGCAUUGUGUCCGAACUCAGCCAGUAUUUAUCCUUGAGGGGUGGUACUUGAUAUCUGUCUGAUGGCAUCCUAUAACUUUGUUUCAGUCUUCAGCAUGGGCAACAAUUCCUAUGGGCAGUGUGGCCGGAAAGUGGUCGAAGGUGAAAUUUACAGGUGAGACGAUCUGCUUUGUUCCAAACAUGUCUGUUUCUCCAAAUGUAUCUCCCAAAGCAGGUUUGUCAAAUUCUGAAUGAGUUAUAGGGUGAUUCGGGAAACUCCGUUCUACCAGGUCAGAUGAUUUCUCCAUUGGGGCCACUAUUGCCUGUUCUAAUUGGUAGCAGCUCUCCAGGGUCUUGAAGGAAAAAGAGAUUGUUCUUUCUUUCUUUUUAAUUUUGUCUUUAAAGAAUUUUCCAACUUUUCCAUACAUACAUAUUAUUAUUACCUCUAGCAAGGUAAUAAUAAUAAUAAUAAUAAUAAGCUGUUAGAGGUAAGAGAUUGUUCUCAUACCCUGCUUCCUGAGAUCUCAUUUAACUGGAGAUUCCAGGCAUUGAACCCUUCUGCAUACAGAGUGUGAGCUCUGCCCCUGAGGCCCAGAAUGGUUUAACAAUGAAUCCCUUUUCCAGGGAACUCUGGGAAUUGUAGCUCUGUGAGGGAAAUAAGCAGUCUCCUAACAACUCUCAGAACCCCUAACAAACUACAGCUCCCAGGAUGUAUAGUGCAGAUACGGCCUAACAAACUCCCUAACCCAGGAGUUGCUAAGGAGACUGGGCUCCACUUCCCAUCAGCCCCAUUGAGCAAGAUGGAGAGAAUAGAAUGUCUGAAUAACCAGAGGAGGCCCUGCAGCCAAAAUAAUAUUUUCCCACCCAGCAUGUUGGUUAUAUGAAUUCUGCCUGAAAUUAGGUCAAGCAUCCCUGUCCUUGCUUGAUGUUCUUAUGCUAAAAUCUUCAUCCUGCCUUAUAGGAUGCAGAUAAUAAGAGCCACUUAGAAGAACUGUACGGGAGAGAGAAUGGGAGGUUCGUCUUAUGCCGUGACACUGGUGUAACAUCCCAAAACUUGAGAUAGAUAGUUCCCCGCCCCCAUCUAAUCAGUUAAUUGAGUAAAUCCUCAAACAAGAUUUAUGUAAUCCCAUGACAGCCACAAUUCCAAGCCUUUGUUAAAUUGCAAAUAACCCUGUGUGUUUGCCAGAAAGGUGGUGAAUUUAAAUUUACUACAAAACGCAGUUAAAAAUUAGUAUAGCGUAAACCCUAAUGUGGGGCAUGGGUGGCGCUGUGGGCUAAACCACAGAGCCUAGGGCUUGCCGAUCAGAAGGUCGGCGGUUCAAAUCCCCGCGACGGGGUGAGCUCCCGUUGCUCGGUCCCUGCUCUUGCCAACCUAGCAGUUCGAAAGCACGUCAAAGUUCAAGUAGAUAAAUAGGUACCGCUCCGGCGGGAAGGUAAACGGCGUUUCCGUGCGCUGCUCUGGUUUGCCAGAAGCGGCUUAGUCAUGCUGGCCACAUGACCUGGAAGCUGUACGCCGGCUCCCUCAGCCAAUAAAGCGAGAUGAGCGCCGCAACUCCAGAGACGGCCACAACUGGACCUAAUGGUCAGGGGUCCCUUUACCUUUACCUUUAAACCCUAAUGUGCUUUAAAAAUGAUCCCAACCGUGCAGCUUCUUGCUGGCUUACUUCAUUUUCUUUCUUAUGAUCUCUUCCUGGCCACAUACAGUGAGAGCCAGCUUAUUAACCGCCUGCCGCAACUUGAAGACAGAGUUGUCCAGGUAAGUAGCCUGUUUGAAUUUGUAUACUCUUCUUAUCACCAUCAUUAUCUGCUGCUUUGCAUCUACAGGCAACUCCCCAUUUACACGGGGGUUACGUUCUGGGCCCCUUGCACAUAAGUGAAAUUGUCUAAGUGUCAGUUAGCACCCUCUAAACGCCCUUUAAAUGCCCUCUCUGCCGCUCUCUCUUCAAUCCAGACCAAAAAUCCUGCAUCCAACAAUAUCCACAAAUAGAAUUGAAGUUCUGGGGCCAAGGAUGCAUGGGAAAGCGGGGGCGGCAGCUGCGCUGCCCCACAUGGCAGCUGUUAGGCAGGGCUGCUGAGCAGCGUAAACAAGGCCCCACUGCUGCUUUGGUCUUUUCAGGGCUUCCUCCACCCUCACUGACAUUCUCUUUGGGCUCUGGGGAAGGUCUCCUCGUGAGCCACAAGGACUCCCCAGCUCUCUCUUGCCAUUUCCGGGUAUGAAUUGAAUUAUUAUUUCCUGGCGUUGCACAUAUACAUUGUCACGUGUGAGUAGAACGCACAUAAGAUGAGAUGGAAGGGAUGACUGUGCUUUUGUGUGUAAGUUAGUGCAAGUCAAACCAUUGGUCCAUCUCAGGACACUGACGGAAGAAUAGUUUAACAGCGAAUCCCUCUUCCCUUGACAAAACACCCUUAACAAACUGCAGUUCCCAGAAUUCUACAGAAUAAGCCACGAAAGGAGCAUGAUACUGUUCUAAAUGCAUAGUGCAGAAGGGACCUGACCAUUGAGAGGUGGAAUGGAACAUACUCUCCCUGGAACACUGAACAGCAGCCCUCGGCGCUGCAACACUUUGUUGCAGUUUCUGUUUGCAUUGUUUUAAUUCCGAACAAUUUUUUUGGGUCCAACUCCUCCCCUGCUGUUUUGUGUGUGCCUAUAGGUUGCUUGUGGGCAGGACCACAGCCUCUUCAGGACGGAGAAAGGAGAUGUCUAUGCCUGUGGGUGGGGAGCGGACGGCCAAACAGGUAGGCUGUCCAAAGGGUCCUGGUGGCAGGAUGGGGCAUGAGCCUAGUCUAGGGAGUUUGUUCUGCUCCCCAAGGCUCCCCAACACUUUCUACCUCUCGUGGAAGUAGCACGGUUGAGGCAGAAGGAUGCUUGUCCAUGGAAAUUAAGAGCAUGGAAAUGACUGCCUUAGGAAUGGGGAACCUGCGGCUCCCUAGAUGAUGUUGGGACUACAACUCCCAUCAGCCCCAGCCAGCAUGGCCAAUGGUCAGGGAUGAUGGGAGCUGGAGUUCAAGGGCUCCUCUGAAUUAUACCCAUUAUAAUGGGGGGGGGGGGGGCGGACGGACACCUGGAACAACUGAGAAUGUUCUUGGAGUUUUGUAUGCAUUAAACCAGAGAUCUUCAAACUGUCCCUGGCCCAGCCCUGGGUUUAUUUACCUGUAUUUGGGUAAUGGAGAAGGAGACUGUUCUGACCAGGGCAGGAUAACACAAACCUGGCCUUAACUUCUGUCAUUUCCACGGCACAGCCUAGUCUGCUAAUUUUCCCUUGUAUAUGGGAAAAUUAUAAGGCAAGGUUAUAAGGCAAGGCAACAGCAAUUAAAAUGAGAGUUCUGUACAAAAUUUGAGUUGAACCAUCCUGCCCAUGACAGUUUAUUAAGCUGUCCACUGAGACAACCCGUCCCCAAUCAAUCAAGCAAUCUUCAGUGGUCUGUGCAGGGUAGGGAGAUGGAAAACCACGACACUUAAUCCCAGACACUGUAUUCGUAGAAUGGAUUCCGCAAGUCAGACACAUUUGCAUCCAAUCGCUUUCUUCCACACUGUAUGCCUUCUGGCAAGGGCCAGGGACACAGAAGAUCUCCCUCGCCUGCCGAUCUGCUUCUCCACGCCCUCCCUCUGCUUGAGACUUUGCUGGGCAUUGUCCAUAAGUUUAAGAGUCAGGUAUCUCCUUUCUGUAGGGACACGGGUGGCGCUGUUGGUUAAACCACAGAGCCUAGAACUUGCCGAUCAGAAGGUUGGUGGUUCGAAUCCCCGCGGUGGGGUGAGCUCCCAUUGCUUGGUCCCUGCUCCUGCAAACCUAGCAGUUCGAAAGCACGUCAAAGUGCAAGUAGAUAAAUAGGUACCGCUCCGGCGGGAAGGUAAACGGCGUUUCUGUGUGCUGCUCUGGUUCGCCAGAACUGGCUCAGUCAUGCUGGCCACAUGACCACUGGCUCCCUCAGCCAAUAAAGCGAGAUGAGCUCCGCAACCCCAGAGUUGGUCAUGACUGGACCUAAUGGUCAGGGUUCCCUUUACUUUUAUCUCCUUUCUAUAGAGCAGGGUUUCCCAAACUUGGGUCUCCAGCUGUUGCCAGACUACAACUCCCAUUAUCCCUAGCUAGCAGGACCAGUGGUCCGGGAUGAUGGAAAGGUAUAACAUAUACAAGGGAUUUUCUCUGUUUCCACACCAGGCCUCGGUCACUACGACAUUGUCAGCACCCCCACGAAGCUUGGUGGAGACAUCGCGGGCGUGCACAUCGCUCAGGUUUCUACCUGCGGCGACUGUUGCCUUGCCGUGUCGGAGGACGGCGACAUCUUCAGCUGGGGGAACUCGGAAUACCUGCAGCUGUCUUUGGUUACUGAGUCGACCCAGGUGAGAACAGUUCAGAUGGGGUUUGUGAUCCUGUCUCUUGUGUUUGGCAGUAAGCGGGUGAGGAUGAGUGUCUCCCCCCUGAGAUUUUCAGGUGGUGCUGGGGUCCUGCUGGAAUCUUGAGUCGGGGGGGGGGCGCAAUUUUUUGACAGCAACAAGGGUUAUGCUUCAGGUCUUGGGCAUAGUGGAAUUUAUAUCAGUCCAAGUUCAGGAGAAGUAAAUCUAUCAGUCUCCGUUUCUUAUUUUUUGCGAUCAUAAAUUUAGUUCUCCACAUUUCCACACCAGCUUGCAUUUUCUUUAAGUCCUCAUGAAAAUUCACCAGCGUUUUAGAGUGCAUUUUUUCUAAUAUAUACAUUUUGGGGUACACAAUUUUGCCCUACUAUGCACAUUUUUGUCAUUUCCCUUAAUAUAGUGCAUUUUAACGUGUUGCCCUGAGCUGAUGGGAGUUGUAGUCCGGCACUGGAGAGCACCAGUCUGAGAGGUGCUAGACUGGGCUAGAAUUAAACUUUAAAAAAGGAGGUAUUGAAUUCUGGAACUAUAAAAUGCAGAGUAUGAAAGAUGGAGGAUAUUGGAUUUUUAGGCAGACAUGCUUUCAGUUGCUCUUCUGUUCUCGCAUCCUGUAGUGUCAGUGUGAAACUCUUGUCACUGAACCAAACUGUGGAAGACUUAUUUUUAAGCCAGUGUGGUGUUCUGGUUUUAGUUUUGGGGCUCGGCUCUGCAAGGCCAGGGUUCAGAUCCCCACUCAGAGGUGUGAAGCUCCCUGGGUAACUUUGGGCGGAGUCCCAGUGACCGGCUCAGCCUACCUCACAGGGUUGUUGCGAAGAAACAGGAUAGGGAGUGUGUCUGUCACCUUGAGGAACUUGGAGGAAAAGCGUGAUAUACAAGGAAAGUAUAAAUACACACACAUAUAGAUGAAACCCAAACCGUAUCUGAUCAGUGUCUCAAACUUCCGUGUUGCAUAGGUUAAUGUGCCCAGACACCUGCCCUUCAAAGUUGGGAAAGUGAAGGAGGCUGCUUGCGGAGGGACAGUCAACGCUCUCUUAAAUGGUAUGUCCAGCGCUUAAAAAAUCUAUGAUUUAAAACAUUUGCAUGAUGCUUUGUGGGAGAAGGCAAGGAGGCCAACAGUAGGUGGCGCCAGAGCUAAUGAAAAACGGAAAAUGAUCUAGAAGGGGGAGUGACUCCUGUAUGAGGAAAGGUUGCAUCAUUUGGGACUUCAUAGUUCAGAUAAAAAGGUGGCAAUGAUAGCAGUUUAUAAAACUAUAUGUGUGGCCUGGAGGGAGUGGAUGGAGAAAGGUUUUUUCUCCUUCUCUCAUGAACACUGGAACGCAUGGGAUGGGGAGGGAAUCGUUCAAAUGGGGGGAGGAGGUGGAACAAGUUGACUCGGUUAGUUAGAGUGUUGAGCUAAUGGAUCUGGUGGACACGGGGCGUUGCAAAAGACUGAGCAUGUUAACACUGAGCCUCUCUUGACCCCCAACCCAGAGGAAGGCCAUGUCUUUGUCUGGGGCUACGGGAUACUUGGGAAAGGACCGAAGCUGAUGGAAACGGGGACUCCCGAAAUGAUCCCACCCACCCUGUUCGGCCUCUCGGACCUCAACCCGGACGUCCGUGUGGCUCGGAUCCGCUGUGGACUCAGCCAGUUUGCUGCUGUCACCAGUAAGUGGCUUCCAAAGCAUGCCUGGGCAUGUGAACUCAGAAGUAAGUCUGAGCGAGGUUUAGUUCAAGGAUUUUGCAGUCUUCGGCUGGGGGAUUUUCCGCCCCUGCCUCUUUCAAGUCCGAAGAGGAGUUUUUCUUUCUCCUGUCAGUUUUCUUGCUUCCCACAGUUAAUCCAGAGCAAUUUUUGUAGUUCGCAUCUGUUCCCUCUGCCAAGUCCCGUUAGUGCUGAUUAAUUAACAUUAGAAAUUGUGGACAUCCAAUGAAGGGGACUGUUUGAAGAUUCAGAACAGAUAAAGUCCUUCACACAGCACAGAGUUAAACUACGGAACUCCCUCCCACUGGAGGCAGGGAUGGCCACCAAACUAGAUGUCUUUAAAAGAGGACUAGAUAUAUUCCUGGAGGAGGAGAGGGCUAUUGAUGGGUACUAGCCAUUGUGGUUAUGCUCUGCCUCCCAAGUUAGAAGCAGUAAUGGAAGGAGGAGAGAGGGCUCUUGUGCUUGAAUCCUGCUUGCAGGUUUCCCACAGGCUUCUGGUUGGCCACUGUGAGAACAGGAUAUUGCCUGAUUCAGCAAUGUUUUUAUUAGUCAGCCAAGCAAAAGCAUUCAGUAUUAGAGCUGCCUCGUUAUAAACAGGCUUAAAAGCUGGAUGCUUGUCCGUGAGCCCUCUCUGAGCACUUCAUUGGCCGAGUUGCUGUGACAUCAUAGAAUGUUCACCAGCAUUCCGACUACGGAAUGUGUUGGCGAUAGAACGUCAGAAAACAGCACACCACCUGAGAGGGAAGGGGGAAAUAGUUAAGUAAGAGGAAAAUGUAAGUUUGGGGUCUAAAGGCAGGACACGAACAAGGUGGUCAGUGGGCAGAGGCAUGGAUUCUGGGCCAGUAUGCAAGCCCAGCUGGUGUGUAAUGGGGAUGAAGAGUGAGGUAGUGAAAGGCAGAGGGGGCUAAAGGAAGAGGGUCUGUGUUGGGUUGGUGAAAAUCCUGAUGGAAGGAGGAGUGGGUUGUAUUGGAAAUAGUGCUAAGUGUACUUUUCUGUGUAUAAGACUAGGUUCUUUUACUCUAAUGUUAAAAAACGGGGAUCAUCUUAUACACGGGGGUCAUCUUUCCCCAUUUUCAUAAAUUUGAGUCCCCCCCAAUAGGGGUUGUGUUGUACAUGGGGGUGUGUUAUACAUGGAAAAAUAUGGUAACUCAAUUUCACUUGUGCAGUUGGACCUGCCACCCCCUCUUUCCUGCCCCAGACACAGCCCUCUGGAAAAGAUUUGGGGAGGGAGCAGGGCAGGUGGGGAGGAGGCAGGUGCAUGAAGUCAUGCUGCCAGGACACGAUGGUUGGAUAUUGCCCAGUGUCUGAUCCUGGGAACAAGGCACUUUUAUGGUAAUGGAGCCCAUUAAUGGCCGUGCCGCAGUGCCACUUGCAAAUGCGGUCCAUUUACAAUUAAAAACAAAAGAGAGGCAGGCAGACAUAAUUUUCUGGAUUUGCUGUUGGAUUUGUGUGUGUUGUUUCCAUGGGCUUGGCACCAAAUGAAUCCUGCAGGGGGCAGCUGCUCAACAAACUGUGCUAGUUCAUUACACAGAGAGAGAUUAGCCAAAGUAAGGUUGGUUCUGUCAAAAAAAGCAGCAGCAGCAGCAAAACAAUUACGAUUAUGACGGUUUGACUUUCCUCAUCUCCCAUCACAAAUAUCUACAAGUAACUAAGAUGUGCUCCCUUUCGUUUUCAUUUUUUUUUUAAAUUAGGAGGUAGAGGAAUACCUGUAGUGGCCAAUUAAGGAACUGGAUUUAAAAUGACUCUUUCUGCCAACAAAUAAGCAAAGGUCCACCAAGGCCAACUUGGAGUCAUCACUUGGUAUAUUGUGUUGCUUUGCAGACCGAGGAGAGCUCUUCGUAUGGGGCAAAAAUGUCAGAGGAUGUUUGGGGAUCGGCAGAAUGGAAGACCAGUACUUCCCAUGGAGGGUAAGGAAGCUCCUCUUUGUCUUUUUUUUUUUUAAAAAAAAAGAUUGAUCUUCAAGAAUUGGGCAGCCAUGUUGAGCUAAGGUCCCAAAUGUGGCUGAAAUGCUCGUGGUUUUCAGGAACCAGAGUCAAGCAUAGAUCAGCCCCACGGUGUCAGUGCCGUUAGCUCUUUAUUCAAAGAAGCCUAAACAGCGCAGCCUAGUGGUCAGCACAACUCUUCCCAGUAGGUCUUGCCCCAAGGAGACAGUUGUGAGGACUGAAGGUCCCCGCCUUCCCACUGCUCUCUGUAAGGCUCCUCUCCAGAGUUCCUUUCCCCCAAGUAGUAGUAGACUGCGCCUGUGUACAACCAGUCUCUUCUCUGCCCUUUUCAUUUCUCUGCAUGUUCUGCGAGACUGGGGUGGGAGAGGGGAGUUGGCCGCAGCAGGAGGGGGAGACCCCCUGGCUUCUUCAGCAGCCUGCCUCAUCUCUGUCUCCUGGCUACCAUCCUUUACGGCCUCCGAUUCUGGACUGCUCUCUGCCCCAGCGAUUAUUGCCCUCACUGUGGGCUGCCUGGAGGUCUCCAGUUGGUCUCUGUGGGAAAUGGGAUGCUAGAGUAAGAUAGGCCUCUGGCCUGAUGGAGCAACACGACAGUGUAGCCAAUCAGCGAUGACCAUGCAGCAAUGUCAGCCUAAGCUUUUCAACAUCUACAUGCAGCCGCUGGGAGAGAUCAUCAGGGGGUUUGGGCUGGGUGUUCAUCAGUAUGCGGAUGAUACCCAGCUCUACCUCUCUUUCAAAUCGGAACCAGUGAAGGCGGUGAAGGUCCUGUGUGAGUGGUUGGAGGCGGUUGGAGGAUGGAUGGCGGCUAACAGAUUGAGGUUGAAUCCUGACAAGACAGAAGUACUGUUUUGGGGGGACAGGAGGCGGGCGGGUGUGGAAGACUCCCUGGUCCUGAAUUGGUAACUGUGCCCCUGAAGGACCAGGUGCGCAGCCUGGGAGUCAUUCUGGACUCACAGCUGUCCAUGGAGGCACAGGUCAAUUCUGUGUCCAGGGCAGCUGUUUAUCAGCUCCAUCUGGUACACUGGCUGAGACCCUACCUGCCCGCGGACUGUCUCGCCAGAGUGGUGCAUGCUCUGGUUAUCUCUCGCUGGGACUACUGCAAUGCACUCUAUGUGGGCCUACCUUUGAAGGUGACCUGGAAACUACAACUAAUCCAGAAUACGGCAGCUAGACUGGUGACUGGGAGCAGCCGCUGAGACCAUAUAACACCGGUCUUGAAAGACCUACACUGGCUCCCAGUACAUUUCCGAGCACAAUUCAAAGUGUUGGUGCUGACCUUUAAAGCCCUAAACGGCCUCGGUCCAGUAUACCUGAAGGAGCGUCUCCACCUCCAUCGUUCUCCCCGGACACUGAGGUCCAGCGCUGAGGGCCUUCUGGCGGUUCCCUCGCUGCGAGAAGCCAAGUUACAGGGAACCAGGCAGAGGGCCUUCUCGGUAGUGGCACCCACUCUGUGGAACGCCCUCCCACCAGAUGUCAAAGAGAAAAAUAACUACCAAACUUUUGGGAGACAUCUAAAGGCAGCCCUGUUUAGGGAAGCUUUUAAUGUUUAACAGGUUAUUGUAUUUUAGUGUUUUGUUGGAAGCUGCCCAGAGUGGCUGGGGAAACCCAGCCAGAUGGGUGGGAUAUAAAUAAUAAAUUAUUAUUAUUAUUAAGCCAUUUCAGUGUGAGGGCAGGAGGCACUGCCCUUCCCUCUGGGUGUUGGAGAGGUGUUGUGCAGGUGAAGACCUGAAAGAUCACGAAGAGGGUGCUUUUCAAAAGGGUGGGGAUGGAAAUGCCCCCCCCUCCCCCCGUUUCUCUUUGACUUGGCCUGAAUUGGGACAGCUUGGAGAAUGUUGGCAAUGGACUCUUGGAAGUUCCAGAGACAUGCAUUCCUGCAGGAAGUCCGCUUCUUUCUCUACCAGAAUCCAUGAUCACGAAAUCUGCAGGGCACCUGCUGCUCCGUCAUGUGGCGGCGUUGCCAUUCCUGGCCUAGGUUUGAAGGGAAGCAGCAACAGACGGUGUGCAUGUGUAGCUGGUUCUCCUCGACCAACAUUCCCGCCUCCACCCUCUCUUUCCAAGAAGCAGCUCAGGUGGCUGCCAAAUCAUGCAGCGUUUGGGCAUGGAAGGCGGCAAGAGCUGGCUUCCGCUCUGCAGUAACAGAGUUCCUUUUUCAUAUAUCCCAAAAUGCGCUGCGAGGCACCUUCCUUUGCUGACGUUCCCUUGUGAUUAGGCUGGCUUUAUUGGUCACUGCUGGGGACCUAUCCACACUCACCUUCCCUCUGCUGUUUCUAGUCAAGGACCACACUUUAAAAGCUCAGAGUGAGUGCCCCCUUCUUCCCCCCCCUUUUUUUUUUGCUGUAUAGCUUUCCCUGCGAGAACUCGCUAUUUAAAGUCAAAUUGGAGCAAACAGCAGUCCGUGGAAAAACUGAACUGCCAUUUGCUUCGAAGGAGCACUAAAGAGCAGGCUUUUGUGGGGAAAGCUAGGGGGCAAAAAAAGUGUGUGGGGGGGUACUGCUUUGAUUCAGAGCUUUAAAACACAAGACCCUUUCCUGGAAAGAGCAGGGCAAAAGGUAAGAGCAGAUAAGGCCCGAGAGACAGGCAAAGGCCCUGUCUGCUUAUCUGCUUCCUCUGUUGCUAUGGCACUAUACAUUUAAAGCAGUGUGAGACCACUUAAAGCAAUCAUGGAUCCUGGGAACUGUAGCUUGUUAAGGGUGUUGGGAGCUCUUAGGAGAACCCUAUUCCCUCUGCAGAGCUACAGUUCCUGUAGCGGCUUAACGGCAAGCUGUCUUUUUCCCUGGGGAAUGCAUUCUGUACCAUUCAUUGCUUUAAAUAAUUCUGGUUUCAAUUUGCUUUUGUGUUUCUUCUUGCUUUGGCACCUUCCUUCCCCCAUGCAAAGUGACUAGUGAAUGUAAUAAUAAUAAUAAUAAUAAUUAUUAUUAUUAUUAAUAAUAAUUUAUCUAUACCCCGCCCAUCUGGCUGGGUUUCCCCAGCCACUCUGGGCGGCUUCCAACAAAACACUAAAAUACAAUAACCUAUUAAAUAUUAGAAGCUUCAGAUGUCUUCUAAAAGUUUGGUAGUUUUUUUUCUCAGUAAUCAGUAGUAUAGGGUAAAAUAGGGGGUUGCCAAUCUUUUGGGGCACGUGGGCAUAUUUGGGAUCUUGAGAGUGUGCCAUGGGAGCUGUCGCAAAGUAACUGCCAUGGGAGAGGGGGUCACCUUUUCACAUGUUGCCAUGAAAGAACUGUUUCGCAGAACGCAACCUCUGUUGCAGAAUGCAAUAUCCCUCUCUGACACACACACACACACACACACACACACACACACACACACAGAGAGUACUGUCCCCCACAGACUUCUGCCUGCCUUUUAAAAACCAUUCUGCUGGGCUGGUUUCCCAAUUGGGUGCUCAUGUGUCACCGUCAAAUGCAAAGAACCGAAAGAAUGGAAGUGUGAUUGAUGGGAGCUGUUGUGCAAAGCAACCAGAGGGCACCAGGUUGGCAAAGCUGGCCGAGGUGCCCUUCCCAUGUUGCAGCACUUUUUCUGAUAGCUUACAUUUGGGGCGGACUUGUCAUUGUAUCACCACCCAGAAAAAGGAGAAGUGUUUUAUUUUAGUCAAUGAUCUCUCUCUUUUUCUCACUGCCCCUUCCUCCCAAAAAUAUUUAGGUGAUCGUGCCAGGUGAGGUGGUAGAUGUCGCCUGCGGGGUGGACCACAUGGUCACGCUGGUUAAAUCCUUUGUGUAGCAAUGCCUGAUUGGACAGUGCCUGGUGACUUGGAACACAACUAGAAAUGUAUCAACUUUUUCCUGAUGACUGGUCUUGGUGGCUCUUUGGGACUGAUGCCUGAAUUCCUUGUGAGCGAACUUAACGAGGUGUGCACCGUGGCAGCAGGCUUCAAAGGAACGAGGAUUUGCUCUCAGAGGGACCCUGCGGAAAUUUUGGGAGCUGUUCACUCAGGACAAUCGUUAGCUGCUCGGCUGUCUUCCUAAUGUUGAACUUCUGAAGUGGUCGCUGAGGACUUGGGAGUGCUGCGAGGAAGCCUGCACUGAUGUGCCGUCAAAGCAAAAGGGUUUGUUUACAGCGGGAUUGUAGAACAUGCUGCUGCAUUUGAAAGAUGUUCUUAUGAAAUGAUUGAAUGUCUUGCCUUUUUCCUUUCUUUCUAGCACCCAGCUCUUUAUUGUCCCAGAGCAGGGCUAGGGAAGCUGUGGCUCUCCAGCUGUGGUUGAACUCCAACCCCCAUCAGCCCCCAGCCAGCAUGGUCAGUGGCAAGGGAUGUUGGGAGUUGGAGUCCAUGCACAGCUGGAGCACUGUAGAAUGCCUGCCUUGUUUGAAAGCAACCGCUGAAACUUAAAAGUUUCAUCGUAUCCCUGGUUCCCUCCCUUCACAGAUCUUAGCUCCCACUAUGUUCUGCACCCAAAUAGAGAACAUAUUAUAUCGUGCCAUGGAACAUGGGCUUGUCAAUUCUCCUACCAACUGCGGGUUAGCAGUGUCAGAACCUGUGUAAACCAUGGUUAGCCAUAACUAUGGUUUAGCGAAACCAGCCUACAUCAAACCAUUAUUUUGGAAGGUGUCUUUGUUUUAGCAGAACCAGAGCUAGGGAUUCAGAUACGAUGCUGAAACUGCAGUUAAUUGAAAAGGGAAGCGCAAGGUUCGGAUUGCCUUGCAGCCGGGGCAGGAGGAGAGGAAACGCGUGAAUGACAUACAUGUCAGGGUUGCCCAUGCCUUCAGUGCUGAUCUACAUGAGGGUUCAAGCCUCCUUCCCUUCUAUUCUGCCCCUCUCCUACCCUUGCACUCCCAUAGUUUUUGAUGGAGAGGAAUGAGCCAAGCGUAUGCCAUCUGGCCAUCUCUUUAGUUUGAGAGAAACAGCUACUUGGCCUAAGAGAGAGAAAGAGUGGUGUGCAUUUAUUGUAGUAGUAGUGGCGGGUGGCGCUGUGGGUUAAACCACUGAGCCUAGGGCUUGCCGAUCAGAAGGUCGGCGGUUCGAAUCCCCGCACCGGGGUGAGCUCCCAUUGUUUGGUCCCUGCUCCUGCCAACCUAGCAGUUCGAAAGUACAUCAGAGUGCAAGUAGAUAAAUAGGAACCGCUCUGGCGGUUUCCGUGCACUGCUCUGGUUCUCCAGAAGCAGCUUAGUCAUGCUGGCCACAUGCCUCGGAAGCUGUACUGGCUCCCUUGGCCAGUAAAGCAAGAUGAGCACCGUAACCCCAGAGUCGGUCACGACUGGACCGAAUGGUCAGGGGUCCCUUUACCUUUACCGGUCGUUGUUGUAAAGUGUACCUGGCUACUUCCUUCCUUCUCCCCUGCCUCACACGUUCAGCCCUCAAAGCGCCCCCCCCCACCCUGGUCUGAGUAUUUCUUAAACAAUACUUUUGACUAUCGGAGAGAAAGAAGCGAUCAGAACUGUUGUUCAGGCAUUGCAGGAAUAAGCCAUGGGCAAUGAAAACCCAUCAUUGCCUUCUGAUAAAUGGCCACAUGACGGCACUGCACAGAGUGCCUGGCAGCAUUUGGCUGCUAGGCGAGGCGACUUAUCAAAUCUGGCAGCGGUUGCUUCUGUCUUGGGAGCUCUUGAGCUGAGCUGCGGUACUGCUGGUUCCAUCAUUAGCCGGAGAUAGAAUUCUAAAAUGUGCUUCCCUGUGCCUCUUGGCCAUUGGUUAAUAAGACAACACUGUAUUACCUCUGUGGCCAAGAUCUUUCUAGAGCAGUGGUUCUCAACCUGUGGGUCCCAGAUGUUGUUGAACUACAAGUCCCAUCAUCCCAGAGCUCUGGCCUUGUUAGCAAGGGGUGAUGGGAGUUGUAGUCCAACAUCUGGGGACCCACAGGUUGAGAAAGGCUGUUCUAGAGUGAGGGCUGCAUUUUCAUCUGCAGGACAUGCUUUCAGGGUUGUGUUUUUGAGGGGAGGCUUCAAGUUAAGAACGGACCUCCGGAACGAAUUAAGUACUUAACCCGAGGUACCACUGUAUUGCAACCAAGCAGAGAAGGCCUAUCGUCUUAAUGCUCACUGCUGGUUUCUAGAAGCAUCUGCUUGGCCACUAUGGGGAAGCAGGGCUGUAGCUGUAGUGGUUCAAGCAACUGGGUGCAAUCCCCAAUGGCAUCUCUGGGUAGGGCUGGGAAUGGCUCUGUGCCUGAAAUCACGCAGUGCCCGGGUGUUGCUGUACUACAACCCCCAUCAUCCAUGACCACUGGUCCUGGUAGCUGGGGAUGAUGGGAGUUGUAGUCCAACAGCAACCCAAGGUUGAGAGAGGCUGGUGCUGAUGAUACAGAGCUAAAAUGGAGCCUUCAUCUGCUUUCUGUUUCUAAACAAAAUGCUGGAAUAGAUGGUCUGAGACAGGACGGCUCCCUUUUUGUCCUCAUAGCACGGUGACGCUUCCUUGUAACAAUUGACCCUCUUGGCCUGACGCACUUAAUGACCGGCCUGUUGUUCACAGAAAAGGCGACAAGAGUCCAAAAUUGUAUUUUAUUUCCCCUUCUCACUGUUCUUCCGCAAAUGCGUGCUACACUUUUGCUCUUCCCAUCCUCACAAAUGUGCUCCAUCCCAGUUCCUCCCUCAAUUGAAGUACACAGUCUCUUUUAUUUCAAACCUCGGAUAACAGUGUAUUUCUGUCACACCGGCAAAUAAAAAUGAAAAAGGGGGAGAGGGUGGGUGGGUUGAAAGAGAAAACAGCAGAAUUGGUACAUUUUGAACUUCAGAAACCCUCCACAGUUUUUAAAUCCCAAACAUUUUUCCUUCUUGCUCCUCACUGUGCUCUGCCCCUUUGAAGAUUUUAUUUUCAAAAUUGCUAUUUUUAAAAAAGCUAUCAGGAGUUAUUUAUGCCUCUCAAGCAGUCUUUUGUUUCUUAUUUUCUUCACACGUGGCAACGGCUUCUUUUCCCAGGCUCUCUUUGGAGUAAAAAACCAACAAACCACAUUUUUCUCUCUCUCUCCUUGCUCCAAGAAAAUACUGAGAAGAAUUUUUGACAGAAAAUGCACCCUUAGUCCCGCGCCAAAGGAUUCCUAGUGCUUUUCAGCUUGACUCACUUGAAGUGCAUUGAUAACACCGUUGAUAUUUUCUUCUGGUACCUGUAGUGGAGGGAAGAAACGACAACCACCCCUGAAAACCAGGACGCUACAUUUUGAUAGAAAUUCAGGCUUCUAGAUAUGAUAAAUUAUAGGCCAACUGUCAUAAAUGCAACAUUGCAGGGUGCCCAGAAUAGAUGGACAGAAUGUUAAGAUGAUAUCUAGCAUUAGCUUUACUGAGUCAGGUUCACUUAUUUGUUUCUAGUCCUUGGAACAUGACAAAACAAAGUUUAACAAUACAGUGGUACCUUGGUUCUCAAAUGCUUUGGUACUCAAACAACUUGGAACCCAAACACUGCAAACCUGGAAGCAAGUGUUCUGGUUUGUGAACUCUUUUUGGAAACAGAACAUGCUCCGUUUUGAGGGUUACGCUGAGGUCUGUCUGUUUUUGCUAUUUAUUUUGUGGUUUUGUUUUUGCGGCUCUUUUGUUUUUGUGACUGUGUGGAACCCAGUUCAGCUACUGAUUGAUUGAUCGUGUGACUGCAGUACAUCGUUUGCUGCUUUCAUUUUAUGGAUCAAUGGUCUUAUUAGAUAGUAAAAUUCAUGCUAAAUUGC